AUGGAUCCGGACACCUUUUUGCCGCUGGCAGCACGGUUAAACACGACCGCAAAGGCGUAUGCGGCCACAGAAGCGGUAGCUGCACACCUCAUGCCUUUUUCGAUUGAAUACAAUGGCCCUGCACCUGUUGAUACGUACUUGGUCCUUCACAAGCCUGACGAGAAAGCGACCGAGCCUGUGGACUUGCAAGCCGAUACCGAGGCCGUGUCGGCCUUUCGUGGACGAAAAAUCCACGGCACCAAGCUUCAACUCCCGAAGAACUACACACUCGGCUUCUUUCAUAUGCGCGAGGAAGAAGCGCCCGUUGACUUUAACGCCGCGCCGAAAUCUACUCGCGUCAAAUCGAGCGUCAGUGCUGUGACCGCUCCUCCUGCUCCUGUGCGUGGAUCGCGCUUCACAUUGGAUGACGACGAGGACGAGGAAGACGAAGAAGGGGCAUUGGACCACACAGGUUUCCACGACUAUCCUUCUGCAGCAGACGAGCCAGAAGAAACUUCGGCUGGGCCAGAGCCUUUGGCAUGGGCCAAGCACGGACUGCACCCCGUUGCCUCGGCGGGCAACUCGCUAUGGGUAUGGGGUCCAGACGGCCCGAUUGACUCGGGCGACGAUGCCUAUAUCCGGACAUGCAACGAAUGGCUCACUGCCAUCGCACCCGUCUUGCAUCGCUAG